GCAGCGCGUGGGCAGCACGUGAUAGCCCUGCGCGACUCGGCAGAGCUGCGCGGCCAUGGACGUGGGCGCCGACGAGUUCGAGGAGAGCCUCCCUCUGCUGCAGGAGCUCGUCCAGGAGGCGGACUUCGUGGGUCUGGACAUAGAGUUCACUGGCCUUCGAUCUAACUUGUCUGGACCCCAGCAGAUCAGUCUUUUUGAUUUGCCAUCGGAGUGGUACCUAAAGACCCGUCAGAGCAUUCAGCAAUUUACAGUCUGUCAGAUUGGAUUGUCUGUGUUUUCCGCCAUUGAAGGAGAAGCAAACAAGUAUAUAGCCCAUUCGUGUAACUUUUUUCUCUUCCCCACAACGUUUGGGAUUUUGGACUCAGAAUUCUCUUUCCAGGCUUCCAGUGUUCAGUUUUUGAAUCAGUAUGGCUUCAACUAUAACAAGUUUCUCAAAAACGGAAUCCCAUAUAUGAAUGAAGAACAGGAGAAGAAAAUUCGACACGAUAUCCUGACUGGGAACUGGAGAGUUCGCAGCUCUCCGGAUAAAGACCAAAUCAAGGCGGUGAUUGACAAAGUGACACGGUGGCUGGACCUGGCCAAGGAAGGUGACUGGAUGACUCUUCCUGGGAUCGCUGGCUUCCAGGCCUUUGAGGUCCAACUGGUGCUGAGGCAGGCCCUCCCCGACAUCUGGACGGUGCUGAAAGAUGAGGGGGUGGUAGUGAAGAAAGUGAGUAAACAACAUCGUUGGUAUCUUCAGAACACCUCUUGUGACCAAGAGAGCUGUUGGAAGGAAAAUAUUCUUCUCUCUGCAAGGGGUUUUUCUGUCUUUUUCCAAAUGCUGGUGAAAGCCCAGAAGCCCUUAGUGGGACAUAAUAUGAUGAUGGACCUGCUGCACCUCCAUGAGAAGUUCUUCAGACCCCUCCCAGAAAGCUACGAUCAAUUUAAGCAGAAUAUCCACAGCCUAUUUCCUGUUCUCAUUGAUACCAAGAAUGUAACAAAGGAUAUCUGGAAGGAGAUGAAUUUCCCGAGGGUGUCGAAUCUUUCCGAAGUCUAUGAAGUCCUGGACAGUGACUUGAAUCCCACCAAGAAUUCUGGACCAGAGAUUGUUCACGCAAGCAGGUGUGAGAAAUACGUUAAGACAAAGUGCCCCCACGAAGCUGCGUAUGAUGCCUUCCUCUGUGGGUCAGUUCUUUUGAAAGUGGCACACUUGCUUCUACAGAAGAUACAUGGCAUCGACCCCGUGCCCGAGUCGUCCUUUCCUCAGUACCUCGACGUGCUGGCUCCUUACGUGAACCAAGUGAACCUCAUCCGCGCGGGGGUCCCAAAGAUCCGCGCGGAACGUCCUGAAGGAGUACCGGGGCCACCCGACCCUGUGCAUCUCCCUGUACCGCUACUGGAGGCACUCCCCAGACGUCAACUGCGUGCUCCAAGUCUGUGGCAUAGUGACUGCCUGGGCCCUUCUCGCGUUCAUCUUCGGAAGAUCUGGUCCCUGAGCGCAGCGAGGCCUCCUGCGGCCACCCUCAGGUCCCCGUGCUCUCUGGAAGGUGUGCUGGGUGUGUUUGUGUAAAUCAGAUUCUGUUUGCAGAUGGAUCUGUUUGGUCGUUUCUAGAAAUUCUGUUAUGUCCUGAACACGAAAUUCUGUCAGCACUCUCAAUGAUAAAUGAGCCGUUGGGUAUCAUACCUGUAUGUGUGGCCAGAACUUUUCUUUCUGUAAAUGCAGGCAGAGCAGUCAGCACCUUGGGAUUUAAGCUCAUGUCUCACAAGCAGGUCAUUGUGCUAGGAGCUGGACACCAGAUGAAGAAAAGGCGACGUUAUUUCUGGGAGAAAAACUAAUGGCUUAUUACUGGCUGUUGUUGACUUAGUUCUGAGAAAUGGUCUUCCUAAGUUUAGUAAAGGAAGGAGGUGAAGCUCGGAAGAGGGAAAGUCGUGUGUAGUGGGGACAUUUUUGAUAAGCGUUAUAAACUGUAAAACGUGCACAUGCAUUUAGAAAC